AUGAUAUGUGACCUCAUCAUUAUUGAGGACAAAGAUGACUUUAUCCUUGCUGGAAAAUGCAAAGAGAACAGUGGUGUGGCGUGGUCCUCUCUGCCCAACAGCUUGGAGAUCCGAGAGGUGAGGCCUGGAGAAGAGGGAGUGUUUGUACUGCGAAGACUCGUCAAAAGAACCCGGUUUGGACCCUUUGAGGCUAAGAGAGUCUCCCAUUUACUAAGGGAGGGGCAUUUUCCACUCAAGCUGUCCUUCGCUAAAGGAAGAGAGUACCUGAAGCACAUCAUGGAGCAGCACAAAGAGCGUGGUUACGGCUGUGGCAUCUGUAACCGACGCUUUGCACUGAAGGCCACUUAUAACGCACACCUGGUCAUCCACAGAGAGCAGCUGCCGGACCCCGCGGUGCAGAGAUAUAUCCAUCCGUGUGAGGUUUGCGGGCGAAUCUUCAACAGCUAUGGAAACCUGGACAGACAUAAGAUCAUCCACACGGUCGGUAAGACGUGGACUUGUCCAACUUGUGACAAAAAGUAUCUGACCGAGUACAUGCUGCAGAAGCAUGUGCACCUGACCCAUGAGAAGGUGGAGGCACAGUCAUGUGAUUUUUGUGGAACAAAGGUUUCCACUCGAGCCUCAAUGAACCGACAUCUGCGGCGAAAACACCCCGAGGUGGUGGUUCUGGCAGACCCCAAUGUGUCUGCUGCGUCCUCUAACUGCUCAGUGGGAUUGACCAACAUCACGGUGACUCCCAUCACAAGCACGUCCUCUGCUCAGUUCACCAGUCUUCAGCCUGUGGCGGUGGGGCAUCUGGACAAUCCCAUCCUCACUGUGACCUUUGAUGCGGUCAGCGGCUCGGCCAUGCUUCACAACCGACCUGAGCUGGUUCCUGACACUGCGGGGCCCACAGCAGCCCCUCAGUCUGUGGCCCACUUCAUUAACCUCACCACUCUGGUCAAUCCUAUGAGCCAUUCCCUAGAGCCCUCCACUCUCGCUUGGAGACCUGUCCCACCAGCGGAGGGCAGCUCAGUGGCUCCAGGCCAAGACGCCUCUAUGGAAAACCAGGACCAUCGGAGCCAGGGCCAAGAGCUGGGACCAUCUGGACAGAACCAGCCCCCUGUUGCACUUCCAAGUGACUCCUCUCAGCCCAUGUUCAGCUACAUGAAAGCUGAAGCGCUGGACGCUUCUCACCACAUGACGUAG